AAUCUGCUACAAUUUGGAUUUCUUUUUCUGGGUGUUCAUCAAGAUCAGAUCUUGGGUUCUUACAGCAUUCAAACACAGCUUAAACUACAGAGAAACAGAGUAACAAUGCUGGAAGGGAAGGCUUUGAUUGCUGAUACAGACAUGCCUCUCAAGUUGCAGAUCCAAGCCAUGAAAGCUGCUUCUGAAGCUCUCGAUCUUUAUGAUGUUUAUGACUCUAAAUCCAUUGCUGCCCACAUCAAGAAGAAGUUUGAUGAUGGGCAUGGGAUGGGAUGGCAAUGCGUGGUGGGUUCCAAUUUUGGGAGCUUUUUCACUCAUUCUCAAGGGACUUUCAUCUACUUCACUUUGGAGACUCUCAACUUUCUUAUCUUCAAAGGCCCUUCUCCUUCCGUAUCGAGUCGUGUAGAUAUCGUUUGAUUUUCUUAUUUUAGUUUCUAAAAACGGAGCUUUUUUGUGAUCAAACAAUAUCAUACCACUGUAUAGAGAUACGUGAAAGAUCUAACCAUGUCGAUAGAAUUAUCCGGUUUCGAAUAAAGAAGAAAUUAGUUGG